GAACAUUUAUUCACUGACAGCCCCAUCACAUGAAUGGUUGUCUAUUAACUUGUUCAAAAACUAUCUGGAGUUGUCAAGGCUCCGGCGAAGAGGAGCAGAAGUAGUUUGUUGAUUCUUUUUCGGAGAAGCGACAGGAGAAGUUUGUGGACACAACAUAGCAGGGACCUAUUGGGAGAAAGCUCUCUCUCUCUCUCUGUCUCUCUCUCUCUUUCACACACACACACACACACACACACACACCCUGCGACGGAGUGUGGGAGAAACGGUUUGUUGAAUGUUGUUUUUGCAGUGAAAAGUUCCUGAGAAAUCGACCAGUAACUUUACCAGCGGCCUCAGCUCUCCUGUCUCUUCUGGCUUUUUGAGGUUUUCUUAUUUUUCUCGAUUUUUGGGAGUUCCGAGAGAGGCGGUGGUGAUGUAUAACAUGAUGGAGACCGAGCUGAAGCCCCCUGUCCCCCAGACCAACACAGGGGGCACGGGCAACACCAACACGUCCGGCAACGGGACGAACCAGAAGAACAGUCCGGACCGGGUCAAGAGACCCAUGAACGCCUUCAUGGUGUGGUCGAGGGGCCAAAGGCGGAAGAUGGCGCAGGAGAACCCAAAAAUGCACAACUCGGAGAUUAGCAAGAGACUGGGCGCCGAGUGGAAACUUCUGUCAGAGAGCGAGAAGAGACCUUUCAUUGACGAAGCCAAGAGACUGCGGGCACUCCACAUGAAAGAGCAUCCGGAUUACAAAUACCGUCCCCGGCGGAAAACCAAGACCCUGAUGAAGAAGGACAAGUACACCCUGCCCGGCGGUCUGCUGGCCCCCGGAGGAAACGGGAUGGGUGGUGGGGUCGGUGUCGGCGUGGGAGGCGGUCUGGGCGGCGGUGUGAACCAGCGGAUGGACAGCUACGCGGCGCACAUGAACGGCUGGACGAACGCUGGCUACGGCAUGAUGCAGGAGCAGCUGAGCUACCAGCACCCCGGGCUGAACGCGCACAACGCCGGCCAGAUGCAGUCCAUGCACCGCUACGACAUGAGCGCGCUGCAGUACAACACGAUGAGCAGCUCCCAGAGCUACAUGAACGGUUCCCCCACCUACUCCAUGUCUUACGCACAGCAACCCACGCCGGGGAUGACGGCUCUGGGCUCCAUGGGGCCUUCCUCGGUGGUGAAGUCCGAGUCUAGUUCUUCAAGUCCCCCCGUGGUCACCUCCUCGUCCCACAGGGCUGCCCCGGGGUGCCAAAGCGGGGAUCUGAGGGACAUGAUCAGUAUGUACUUGCCCGGGGCGGAGGUGAGCGAGCAGACAGCCCAGACAAGGCUACACAUGUCCGGGCAUUACCAGAGCGCCGUGCCCGGCUCAACGAUCAACGGCACGAUGCCCCUAACACACAUGUAACACACAUGGAAGAGCCAGAGACACAAAGACAAAAACAAGAAAAAAAAACUACAGAAAACAACGGACAUUUUUAAGAGAAAGUUGGACUACUACGCUGGACUAUUUUUGUACAGAAAAAAAAUCGGGAUGGGAAAAGUUGUAAAGAAGUCUCAAGGAGAAGUACCCAGGACUCUUUCUUUGCUUUGGUUAUUUUACAGAAGCGUCAGACGAGCCGCAGGAGCCCGCGGCUGAAGGGAUCUCCUCUUCACUGAAGAGAAAGUGGGAGUCGCAAUCAAAUGUUUUAUUAUUGCAAUCACAUUUUGUACAGUAUUUAUCGAAGAAACAUUACAAUCAGAUGAAAUUGUUGAACUGCAAGAGGUUACAUUUUUAUGAAACGUCAGUUCUGCAGAAAAAAUAAUGAUAAUUGGAAGAAGCGAUUAGGCGUCUUUAUUAGGCCGCUGCAGACUGGAGAGGGAAGGGAAAGAUAAACCAAGCAGGUAAAAAUACUUUUACUUUAAGGUCAAUAACAGAAACAUUUUAAUUUCAUUCAAAAAAAUGCUAAAUUGCCUUUUCCCUCAGUGCUUAAACAUAGGUUAAUUUAUAUUCCGUCUCCCACUUUUCAUAUGUUAGAGGUAUGACGCUUGUGCUCUUUAUUUUUAAUGAUUUGUACAAUUUCUGUAUAUUUACUGUGAUAUUUUAAGUUUUUAUUUCCAAUUCCAUUCCCGUAGUUGUAUUUUAAAAUGGUGGUCUCUUACGCAGGACCAAACCUCUCCAUGUAUAUAUAAAUAUAUAAACUGGAACUAAUACCAUCCUUAUAACAGAUACAAUUUCAGCUGAGUUUUUCGUCAAUAUGCAGUUUGAAAUGAAUAAAUUUUGGAAAUUUGGAUACUUCAAA